CAGCGACAUGAGCAAAAGCCUGCUUUCGAAGUUAUUUGGUUUAAGAUGCAUCUACAAUGUGUCGAGAACGAAUAGUACAAAUACAUCUAGUAACACCAACUCAGCAGUGAAGCUGGCUCAUCAUAUUUAUAAAAGUGAGGAGAAAGGGUCAGACAAAACAAGCGUGGUGGUGAUGCAUGGUCUGAUGGGAUCCAGCAACAACUGGAGAAGUUUGUCCAAGGUGUUGUGUGAAACAGGACGGAAGGUUAUAGCAGUUGAUGCCAGGAACCAUGGAGAAAGUCCUCACAGUGAACAUAUGAACUAUUUCCUCAUGUCAGACGAUGUCCUUAGAUUGAUGGACGGGCUUGGAGAAGAGCGAGUGAACUUGAUUGGACACAGCAUGGGGGGCAAAGUCUUCAUGACCUUAGCACUAAUGCAUCCACAGCGUGUAGAGAACCUGGUAGUUGUGGACGUGUCACCAAGACCACGCCCAGCCUCUGUCACUCCAACCACUAACUCCUAUCUCCAUUCUAUGCUGAAGAUCAGCUCCUCUCUGAGUGACACCACCCUGACCUCCCUAUCAAAGGCUAAACAGCAUGCAGACAGAAUACUACAGGAGUCAGAACAGGAUGUGAGCAUUAGACAAUUUCUUAUUACAAAUUUGGUACAUAAGAACGGCAGAUUUCGAUGGAGAGUGAACUUGGAUGCAAUAAUCAACAACAUGUCAGAACUAGGAGAUUUUCCAGAAUUGAAUAAACAAUUUACUCGACCUACACUUUUCGUUGGUGGAGAGAACUCUGAUUAUAUAGGGCCAUCAGAUAUUGCAAAAAUACAAAAGUUAUUUCCAAAAGCAGAAGUAAACCACAUAGAAAAUGCAGGACAUUGGGUACACGCAGAAAAUCCACAGGCAUUUCUAAAACUAGUGAAAUCCUUUUUAUUGGAAAACGACAGAAAGACAAUGUGAAUGAUAUCAUUGGUUUUUAAUUUUUUUUUUAAACACCAUUGUUUUAUAUAUACCCAGGGAAUUUAUAAGGCAUCAUGAAGAAACAAAAAAUUUAAGUGCUAAUGCUUUAUUAGACAUGUUGUUUGAAGUUAUUUUAAUAUAUAUAUAUAUAUAAAGAUAUUUGUUUCAUUGCACUAUUGUUUCAGCAUUAUUUUCUAAAUAAAGAAAAAUCCUUAUAGCACAGUAGUAAAAAGAAAAGUAUAUAAUGUUUUCAAAGCUUUGAUUGAAUAAGACUUUACAUUCACCUAUUCAAUAUUUCUAUCUGGCGAAAAAAAAUCAGAAAAAAGUUAUGUAUCUGUUUACCCUUCUUAAGGAAACUGUUGUAAAAAAGUCCCAUUUUUUAAUAGAUUUCAUAAUUAUUUCUAUAGAAGCUUGACCAAGUUCUCUGGUCAUGGCUCAAAAAUGUCUGAUCACAAGCUAUCAAAAUCAAAAUGUUUUGAUCAACACAAAAAAAAUACCCGAGUACACAAUAACUGUAGAUCUCUACACUGUAUUUAUGGUGGUGCAGAUCACAAGGAAAUCCUUUGGUAGAAUCGUAAAAAUAUCAACCGUUGACCAGUAGGAGUAAAGUUUGUCCGAAUCUCAAUAUAGAUACAUUAACGAAUGCAUUUUAUAUGGUACAAUGUAAACAUAUCACAUAACUUGCAUCAACAUUUGAAAAUCUAAUCAUAUCAUUUUUUUUCUUCAGAACAUUCUUAUAUUGUUUAUGUGCUUUGGGUACAAUUUUACAAUGCACUGAAAUUUACAGUUAUGAUUAAAGUUCUGUAAGAUAAAUACCUCCUAUGAAAUAUACUUCGCUAGUGCAAUACUGUAAUGAUCAGAAUUUUAUGUUUCAAACUUUUAAUUUACCAGGUAGUUGCUGGAA